UACUGUUCAUACUGUGCAGACUGACAAACAAUCUGUACCUCUGAAGGAUAAAUUAUGGGUUUGAAACACAAGGAGUUUGAGAAAGCUGGUGUGAAGCAUGGACUGCAGAUAUGGAGAAUCGAGAAACUGGAACUUGCUGAAGUUCCUGAGAACCUUUACGGAAGUUUCUUUGUGGGUGAUGCCUACGUGAUACUAAAUACUGUAGAUCGCGGACUCUACAAACUGUAUAACCUACAUUUUUGGCUUGGAAAUGAAUGCACCCAAGAUGAAAGCACUGCUGCAGUCAUAUUCACUGUCCAGCUGGAUGACUACCUGGGUGGAAGCCCAGUCCAAUAUAGAGAACUACAAGGACACGAGUCCAACACAUUUCUUGGUUAUUUUAAACAAGGCAUUACGUACCAGGCUGGUGGUAUCGCAUCUGGGUUCCAACACGUGGUGACCAAUGACGUCAGUGCCCAGAGACUUCUGCACAUUAAGGGAAGAAGGGUCAUCAGAGCAACUGAAGUCCCUUUUAGCUGGUCCAGCUUCAACAGCGGAGAUUGUUUUAUCAUUGAUGUUGGAUCUCACAUUUAUCAGUGGUGUGGCACUAAAAGCAACAAGUUUGAGCGUCUGAAGGCAUCACAAGUUGCCACUGGAAUUCGUAACAAUGAAAGACAAGGAAGAGCUGAGCUGACAGUUAUAGAAGAAGACAACGAACCACAUGUUCUCACAACGAUUUUAGGUCCAAAACCACAGUUACCAGAUGGAGAUGAUGAUACUGAUGAAGUUGCUGAUGUCACCCACCGAAAAAAAGCAAAACUGCAUAUGGUAUCAGAUGCCAGUGGAUCUAUGGAAAUCACAGUUGUUUCAGAGGAAAGUCCCUUUUCUAUGUCCAUGCUACUGACUGAGGAAUGCUUUAUUCUGGACAGUGCAGACAAGAAUAUCUUUGUGUGGAAAGGUAAGAAAUCCAACCGUGAAGAAAAAAGGGCUGCAUUGAAGACAGCUGAAGAAUUCAUUAAGAAAAUGAAUUACUCCGCUACCACUCAGAUAAUAAUAUUGCCAGAAGGUGGAGAAACUCCAAUUUUUAAACAGUACUUCAAAGACUGGAAAGACAAAGAUCAAAGUGUUGGGUUUGGAAAAGUAACCACUAAGGGAGCUAUAGCUGUUGUUGAGCAAAUUCCAUUUAAUGCAGAAAAGUUACAUGAAUCUUCAAAAAUGGCAGCUCAGUACAACAUGAUAGAUGACGGGUCUGGCCAAUGUCAGAUAUGGCGUGUUGAAAGCAAUGGCCGUGUUCCGGUAGAUCCAGAGACCUAUGGGCAAUUCUAUGGAGGAGAUUGUUACAUAAUAAUGUAUUCUUGUGCAAAAGGAAACAUAAUUUACACCUGGCAAGGAACACAUGCAACAAAAGAUGAGAUCACAUUCUCUGCCUUUCUAACAGUUCAACUGGAUCGUUCCAUGAAAGCUGGAGCUACUCAUACUCGUGUUUCCCAAGGAAAAGAGCCCCCACAUUUACUCAGUAUCUUCAAAGAUAAACCCCUUAUUGUAUAUAAAGAUGGGACCUCAAGAAAAGGGGGCCAGACACCUCCACGACCCAUACGACUCUUUCAAGUACGAAAAAACUUAGGCUCAAUUACCAGGAUUGCUGAGCUUGAAAAUGAUUCAGCAGCAUUGAAUUCCAAUGAUGCUUUUGUCUUAAAAAUGCAAAAUAACUCUGCCAUCAUAUGGAUUGGAAAAGGUGCAAAUGAGGAUGAAAUAAAGGGAGCUGAGUACUUAGUCAAAGUUCUAAAUUGCAAGGGAACCAAAAUUGCAGAAGGGCAAGAACCAGAUAUAUUCUGGUCAACGCUUGGAGGGAAAAAGCAAUAUCAGACUUCACCACUCCUUGAAUCAUCUAUUGAAGAUCAUCCACCAAGACUUUUUGGUUGCUCUGAUAAAUCAGGUCGCUUUGUGAUUGAAGAGGUACCAGGUGAAUUUACUCAAGAAGACCUAGCAGAGGAUGAUGUAAUGAUGCUUGAUACAUGGGAUCAGAUAUUUUUAUGGAUCGGAAAAGAUUCCAAUGAACGAGAGAAGAAAGAAUCUCUAAUAUCAGCCAAAAAAUAUCUUCAGAGUGACCCUUCUGGGAGAGACAAGGAGAUUCCAAUCACUACUGUGAAACAAGGACACGAACCACCAACAUUCACUGGCUGGUUUUUGGCAUGGGACUCCAAGAAAUGGGAAUAGUGCAAUAUUAUGCUAAAGUAUUUAUAAACAAAGUUGGAAGUAAAGAAAAUGUUUUAGUGCAACAUCUCCUAAAAUGAAACGUAAAUCAUUUAACAGAACAAUGUUACUGAUAAAUAUACAUUGUAAUUUCAUCCCAUUUGCUUUGGAACCGUGGUUCUAAUAGCAGAUAAAUCACAUGUGUUAAUUAAUUCUACUCUCACAGAGUCAUGCACCAGUUAUAAAAUAAUUAACAAAUGUUUAAAUAUGCAAAAUUAAUUAUCACAAUCCCUCUAAAACAUACUUGCACAUACACUCAUGGAAACACACAUAUUCCAUCUAACACACACAUACAGAUUCUUGCUGACACACUUCCACAUACACACUCAAAAAAGAGUAGCAAGAGUCCUGCCACUCUCUUGCUAGCACACUCCGCACAUUCAUACACAUAUUCUAUCUAACACACUUCUAAAAUACAGAUCCAUACUAAUACACACAAAAUGGCACAUUCCUUCUAACAAAAUAUACAUAUACA